AUGGCGUGCCCGCCAAGCCCUAUUGCUGUCCCGGACGCCCAGCAGCACAACCCGGUUGCGCUGCUGCCGGACGCAUGGCCUUUUUCGCCGAUCGCCAGCCGUGCAGAUCAGGCCCCAGCCGGCACGGCCAGCAGCAGCACGAGCAGUGCCGGCCGGGGGAUGGGCGAAAGCAACAGCACCAGCAGUGAUGAUGACAAGUCACGCUGCGCUAACGACUGCUACUCUGCCGCCUGUGGGCCUGCCAGCAGUGACAAGGGGCCCUGGCUCAACGUGCGCGCCCCUGAGUGGGUGCCGCACGGCGCUGAAAGCUUGCCAGCGACGGCAGCACGCCCGCGGCAGCAGGCGCCCGUGGCAAUGGCGCCGCAUGCGUCGCAGGACCAGCUGAAGCUGCAGUCCCGCAGCGGCCAGCCUCAGCAGGGUGUGCGCGCGCUGCAGCUUCGCGGCCGACCACAGCAACAGCAGCAGCAGCAGCAGGAGCAGCAGCAGCAGCAGCAGCGGUCACAGCAGGCGCCGGUGCAUGCUUCGCAGCAACAGGAGCAACGGCCGCAGGGCAGCGACGAGCGCUUUGGUGGGCCCAUGAAGCAGCAGCAGGACAACGCAGCUCGCCGCCAGGUCGACCUGCAGCGGGCGUUGGAGCAGGCGCGGGAGGGCCUGGCGGGGCUGCUGGGCCAGCGCGCCCUGCUGAUGCGCGCCGUCAGGCGCUGCACCGAUUGGCAGGCGCAGGCGGAGGAGCAGAGCUGCGGCGAGCACGCCAUCAGCAGCGAUGCCGCCGGCGGCGCCAUGGCUCCCGAACCUGCCCAGAGCGAGCACGAGGCGGCGCUGCGGCCGCAGGAGGUGGUUGAGCUGGCGCGCCUCCUGGAGGAGGGGGCCGCUGCCGGCGAGGGUAAGGGCGCCGCAGCAACUCCCUCUGCUGGCUGGCUGGCUGCGCUGGCAGAGCUGGUGUCCCAACACGCAGCCGAGGCGCAGGCCGAGUUCCAGCAGCUGGCGCAGUCCUACCUCAUUCUGACGCAGCAGCUGGGGAUCCCGCCCUGCGCCGUGCCAGAGGCGGCGUGGCGUGCGGCAGCACCGGGGCAUGUGCCUCCGGCCGCGCCGGCGCCCACAUCAGCCGGCAUGUCCAUCCCCUCUGAUUUGGAGCAGGUGCGCGCCAUGUGCGCCGACCUGAUGCGUCGCGAGGCCGAGUACGCGCGUGAGGUGCGCAUGCUCAACGAGCGCAACCGCCAGAACUGGCAGGAGGCCUGCGCGUGGCAGGCCGAGGCGCGCCGGCUGGGUGGCCUGGUGCAGGGCCUGCACGAAGACUUCCAGUGGACGGGAGCCUUCCAGUUUGGCAUCCCUCACGAGUGGUACUCGGAGCUCAACUGA